GGUAUUCGUAAAGCUUUUUUAUAUAUAAAUUCGAGUUUAACCAUCUGAAUAAAGACUCUGGGUGGAUUGAUCAAUCCUAGAUAAUUUGCUUUAUGCUUACCAGAGCAACUUGCUCUUCCUUGGGCGGAUGAUAGCUUAAGUAACUCCAGAACAUACUGCAGUUCAACAUUCUCUAGGUACGUAGUUAUAUCAACUACUACCACAAAAAAAAAUGAAUAUAUGCAACAGCAAUUAAGAGCAAUGAGCUCAAUACGUGUGAGCAAAUCAGUUGCAAAGUGUUUCACACCCAAGAUCAAAUGCUACAUUUUUUAUCUAUUUGUAUAACACAAGCUCACAUACGGCUGUAAUAGCUGCCUAUUUAUAAGAAUGUUCUGAUGCCGACGAUUUUUUAUUUUUCAAGACUGACCAGCGGAAGGAAAAGUAAUGCUUAAGCAAUUGUAAAACAACAAACCAAGUGGGACUUGAAAUUUGCCACAAAAAUAACCAUCAAGAAAGGUGAAUAAUACGCUUUGAGAUUGGUGUUAAAUAUAUUUUAAUUAUUAUUAUUCUAAAAAGUUCAUUAACGAUUGAAAAUGAGCUCAAUUAAGCAAAACUUUUUAUUCACUUUCACACGUCUCUAAUAUCUUCAUAAUGUGAAUGAUUCUGUUCAAAAUAAAAACGUAUUCCUCUUUCAGCACUCUACUCUUUCCUAUAUUAACAAAACCUAUUUAUGAGACUACUCGCAUUCACAGCAUAAUUAUUUUCCUCUUUAGGUUAUGGCAGAAUUGGAUUCUACUGCCGAAGGGCUUUUGCAGGAUCCACAGUUUCUUCUAAGGCUUCAUAUCAAAAUUGUAAAAUAUUUAGCAACAAGUGCGCCUGAUGCCGACGAAAGGCGUAUUUCGUCCUUAUUCGAGUCUGUGGAUAGUCGAUACAAAGAGGCAGGUCGUGAGCACCUUGACCUGUACGCCUUGCAGGCACUUUUGCGCCCUAUUUUCCCAGUGUCCGCGGUAUCGGAUAGGGAGUUGAGGAUACUAUUGCACAUGCUUCCAUUAUCUGAAGGCAAUGGUGCGGAUGGCGAACUAAAAAAUAGAAUAGAUCCGGUGGAAGUUUUUUUUGAGCUUCGCCAGCUUAUCCCAAGGGCGGCCUGGCAAGUGCAGUUUUUGGUCCGUAAGGCUCGUUCUGUGAUAUUUAGCAAUAAAAAUGUGAGUAAGUUUGAGCAGUGUGUGCGUGAAGCGGCUCGGAUCGAACCACCGCAGGUAGUGAACCCAGAGGAAGCUCGGAAGUUUCUGUGCAAGUCAUGUGGAUUUGGUGCCUCUGAGGCGCUUUUCUUGUUGCGCUAUUGCGUCGAAGCCGAUACCGGUGGGGGGUUAGAUGCCUCUUUGCUGUAUGGCUUUCUCUUUUCUGUUCAAAUACCGUGCACAAUAGAAUAUCCUAUCCUCGCGGCUCAGGUCGCAGAGGCCACGAGGGAGCCCGCCAAAGAGGGGGCCACAGGCUCCAUCGCGCUGCUCCACGCCCUUCGCCGUGUGCUGCACCCGCAGAGCCCCGUGGGGAGUGGGCCGGACGCCGAGCCCACCGCGGACCUGGACUUCGGCCCUCUGUCCAGCAACCUCACAAUUCAACAGUUUCACGCGCUUUGCCAGGACCUCGCAGUGGGCUUCUCACGGGAGCAGUCCGACCGCCUCUACCACUACCUGAAGGACGCGCAGGCGCCGUCGCUGGGCGUGCGCGAGGUCGUCCGGAUGUACCGGCGGUACUUCCCUCCCGUCAAUAGCUCCAUGCUUUCCAUUAUCAAAGCUGCCGUGACACAGUACCUCCUACGCGCGGCAAAGGGCAACGUCCUGGCCUUCACCGAGCUCUACGUGCGCCUCCAGGAGUGGGGCGUGCGGGCGGUACCGAUCGAGGCCUACGUGCGGGCGUUACGCAAGAGUGGCGUGCCGGAUACGGUCACCGAUUUGCAUCUGGAAUGGGUGCGGCUCAAGGCCCCCACACGGGUGGAUUUGAUCUUCUUUCUAUGCGUUCCCUUGCCCUCCAGCCGCGAGGCGGUUAUACGAAAGCUCUUUGAGCGACUUUGUACUCACCAGGACGCUCCGAGUGUGCUCGCGAGUGAUAUGAUGGAUCGUUUCCAGACAAACAAGAUUGAAGGUAAAACAUUGCAACGUACAGCGGUGAAUUGCAAAAAAGCGCUAAAAGAAUACUUAGACGAACUUGAUAAGGCUUCCCUAAAUUAUGAGCUUUUUGCCUACUUUUGGUACAUGAUUUCUGCUGCUAUUGAUGAUGAUCCAACGUAUACUAUGCUUAUAUGGCAUUGCUUUAGGCUUGCAGAUCGCACUAGCAAACGUGUUUAA